CUGCCUCCCUCCAAAGCUGUUGUUACUGUGCGGCUCCCACACAUCAUUCCACUGCGAUGGAAAUUAAAUGAAGGUGGCUUAACGCAGCUAACAGAGGCAUGCUUUGAAGGAUGUAACCAGGGAAAGCUGCGCUGCCAGAUCCUUUUCCAUGGGCUGUGGAUUUGCGCUGCUGAGGCGAGGACACAGCAAUCACUCAGCCAUGCAGAAGCGCAGACAACAGGACUAAUCUCUCCACCUGACUUGUGGAAGCUCCACUUUUUUUUUUUCCCCUGAAUUAUUUAUUCCCUGUUGCCAAAGACAGUGGAGGACAAUGGAGCCGGAGUGAAGUUAAUAGUGAAUUUGUAGACUUGACUGCAGUCUGCGGCACACAUGGAUGUGUUCAGCUUUGUGAAGAUGCCAAAGCUGUCAGGCCAAAGGACCAAAUCCUCAGGCUGGCCGCCCCCUUCAGGGACCUGGAGCGCUUCGCAGGGGCCUCCAAAUGGAUGGGACAUGGGCACCAAUAGAGCGGGGCGUGACUGCUACAUCAACCACGUCUCCCAGAGCAACUCCCUGGAGGAAGUUCGCCUGGACGGAGACAAAUUCGUGCCACCAGCGCCACGGAAGGUGGAGAUGAGGCGGGACCCCGUGCUGGGCUUCGGAUUUGUGGCAGGCAGUGAGAAACCUGUGGUGGUCCGCUCAGUCACGCCAGGGGGUCCGUCAGAGGGCAAGCUGAUCCCAGGAGACGAGAUCAUCAUGAUUAAUGAUGAGCCAGUCAGUUCAGCACCCAGGGAGAGGGUCAUUGACCUUGUCAGGUAUGACAACACACCAAGGAGCUGCAAGGAGUCCAUACUGCUGACUGUUGUUCAGCCAUACCCAUCACCCAAAUCGGCAUUCAUCAGCGCAGCCAAAAAGGCCAAGUUAAAGACUAAUCCUGUUAAGGUUCGCUUCGCUGAAGAGGUCAUCAUCAAUGGACAGGUUCCAGAAACUGUGAAGGACAACUCCCUCCUUUUUAUGCCAAAUGUUCUGAAGGUGUACCUGGAGAAUGGGCAGACUAAAUCAUUUAAAUUCGACAGCAACACAUCCAUUAAGGAUGUCAUCUUGACCCUGCAAGAGAAGCUAUCCAUUAAGAGCAUCGAGCACUUUUCUCUGAUGCUGGAGCAAAGAGCGGAGGGAUCUGCAAGCAAACUCAUGCUCCUGCAUGAGCAGGAGAUGCUAACUCAGGUGACACAGAGGCCAGGAUCGCACAAGAUGAAGUGCUUCUUUCGAAUCACUUUCGUCCCAAAAGAUCCAGUGGACUUGCUCCGGAGAGAUGCAGUAGCCUUUGAGUACCUCUAUGUUCAGAGCUGUAACGAUGUGGUGCUGGAGAGGUUCGGCUCCGAGCUGAAAUAUGACACAGCCCUCCGUUUGGCGGCCCUGCAGAUGUAUAUAUUAACAAUUAACACCAAGCAGUCCCAGAAAGUUUCCCUGAAGUACAUUGAGAAGGAGUGGGGUCUGGCAUUGUUCCUGCCUCCUGCGGUGCUGUCGAGCAUGAAAGAGAAGAACAUCAAAAAAGCCCUCACCCACAUCCUCAAAACCAACCAAAACCUGGUGCCUCCUGGAAAAAAGCUCACUGCCCUGCAGGCAAAAGUUCAUUAUCUGAAGUAUCUCAGUGACCUGAGGCUUUAUGGGGGACGUGUGUUUAAAUCCACACUAAUUCAAGGCGAGAAACACACAGAAGUGACUCUGCUCGUGGGGCCCAAAUACGGCAUCAGUCAUGUGAUCAACACCAAGACAAACCUGGUGGCUCUUCUGGCGGACUUCAGCCACGUGAACCGCAUUGAGAUGUACACUGAGGAUGAGAACAGGGUCAGGGUGGAACUGCACGUUCUGGAUGUCAAGCCCAUCACUCUCUUAAUGGAGUCCAUUGAUGCAAUGAAUCUGGCCUGUUUGACUGCUGGCUACUACAGAUUACUGGUGGAUUCUCGGCGCUCCAUCUUCAAUGUGGCCAAAAACACCAACAGUGUGGAAACAAGCCAUGCAGCAAGAACCAAGCAGAACUACCAAGCCAUUGAAUGUACCUACAGCACGCCACAUAAAGGAUGUGAGGACAGAAACAACCAGAGGUGCAGCCAAGAAUAUGUGAACCAGGACUGUGACUACCUGGACCACGGCAGCUGCGAAGGCCAACCCAUCUACAUUACUGAGAUCCACCAACCACAGCACACAAUCCACGUGUCGGAAAGAGCAGAGUGCUGCAGAAUCCCCUGUACGCAAACCUAUCUGAAUGUCCCGAGGCAAAAGCCCCAGGACUCCUCCAGGAACGCAAAGGUCUCCUUUAUAUUCGGAGACCCUCCUUUAGACUCUGUGAAUCCCCAAAAUCUGGGCUACCAGAGACUGAUGGACGAAGGCGCGGAGAUUCUGGACAAUCACAGCCCCAUGUACAGGCGUCUGGAGGAGGACUAUAAGAUGAUGGACGCCAUCGAAGACAGUUAUCAGUACUCUACCAAGAUCUUUGGCACGGCCGAGUGCAUCGAGGAGCCGCUGCUGCACGACAUCUGCUACGCCGAGACGACCGACGACGCGGAGGAUGAGGAUGACAUCAGCUGCGAGGAAGACCUGGUGAUGAGCGACAUUGACAAGCCCACGCUGCUGUCGCUCUCGGGGUCCAGCGACGACAUCAUCGACUUGACCUCCCUCCCUCCCCCGCCGGAGGGCAACGACGAGGAGGACAACGACGUCCUGCUGCACUCGCUCAACAUGGCCAUCGCCGCUCCUCCUCCCGGCUUCAGGGACAGCUCUGAUGAGGAGGAGCACCACCAGGGAGCCGGGGUUCGGGCUCAAGGGGCCCGUGGCGACAUCCCGGUGUCGCUCAUAGAUUCGGUGCCCACCCACGGAGCAGAGGGCCCCGGGGAGCCUCUGGACGACGCCAUGGUGUCCACUUUACAGGCACUUGAGGCCCUUGCUGCGUCUGAGGAACAGAGUCCGGCACAAUCCGAGAGUAGCACAGGUGUAGAAAUUUCACGAGCGUUUAGCCCGGAGUCCUCAGAUUCUGGCAAUGAGACAAACUCCUCUGAGAUGACAGAGAGCUCCGAGCUGGCCACGGCUCAGAGAGAGAAUCACCUGAGGAUGCACAUAGCCAUGGCAGAGGGAUACCACGCAAUGACGGAGGAAAAGGCGGAGGUGAGUGCUCCCAGUGACGGCGCAGUGGGAGUGUUGCAGUACAACCACCCGGAGCAUCAGGAGGAGGAGGCAAAGUCUUCUGCCGUCGCAUCCUCGCAGAUGUUUCACUCGGAUGGCGGCGAGAUGGAGCCAGAGACUAUGGAGAUAAAAUCAGUGAGUGAAUACUUCACUAAGAUGCACAUGGGCUCAGUGAUGAGCAGACAAAGAGGAAAACACAGGGAGGCAGAGAGCAGAAGCCACGCAGAUGCCUGCGAUUCCUCUGAUAAAUCAAAGGCAGCCGCUCAAGACUCAGCUAAAGAAGACCCUCCUCAUCUUGUGGGGAAGUACAAUGCUUUCACUGUGAGAGAUUCCUAUUACAUGAAUCAACUUGAUCUGGGGCGAACUCACUUCAAAGACAGGCAUCAAAAAUGGCAGCAGAGAGUGCCCGGAAACAAAAUGGCAGAGACUCUUGCUCCUGAAUGUGUGAAUGACUCACAGGCUUCCCACGCAGACAGGUUGACAGCAAAGGGAGAGAGGCAGGACUUAGAUGAAAGGAGCCAGCAGUUAAAUGCCCAUCUCCUCUCCCCGGCCAAAGGGCCCGUCGCCGCAGAGGGCGACGCCACUGCACAGGACAUCGAGCAGCAGCAAAUGAAGCGUCCGCCGUCGGAGCAGGACAUCACGCGACUGUACGACUACCACGUGACAAAGCGCAUGUCGUCGAUACAAAGCGAAGGCGUUCAUUCUCUCCAGAGCUCGCAGUGUUCAUCCAUAGACGCCGGCUGCAGCACAGGCAGCAGCAGCUGCGUUACUCCCAUGGACUCGCCCCUUUGUGCUACAGACAAUAUGCAUGUACUGUCAGAGUCCUCCAUGAAGGGACUGGGUUACGCAACUGCCGAGGAGAAGGCUUAUGGGGCCCAGGGGCCAGGAAAAGCCGGUCAUCCCAUGGACCCGACCCUGCUGCGGAAGAUUCAUGCAGCCACCAGCGCGGAGCCUGGAUUCGGGAUUGCACGGGACGGCAGCCACAGGGUGACCAAGAUAAAAGAAACCACAGCUUGCACAAAGCUGAAGAAGGUGGGAGAAGAGUCAUCUCUAGCUCUCUGUAAUGAUACCAGAAUCACCACCACAGUCAUGUCACCUUCAUCAUUACAAAGUAGCACAGAGCCCAGUGGGCUCACCCAGGUCAGCCCCAAGCCCGAACCACUCGCCCUGGCAUUUUCUUCAAGCGGAUCGUCACGUGAUUCCACAACAGGCAGCCUCAGGAAGCCACGCAGGGUUCGGAUGCCCAGCAGGAACUGGAGCACCUUAAUGCCAGGUUCUAGGAGCUUAGAAGCACUCAUAGAAAAGACCAAAGCCACACUUACAGGGAAGAACGACGGUCAGACUUUGCAGUCUCAAGAAUUCCCAAAGGUGCCGAGGACAUUCUCUGCCCAAACCUUACCGAAGAGCUUGUCCCAGGGUUCAGUUGCCUCUGACUCGGCUGGUAAACGAGUGCCGAGUGGAGCAUCUCUGCUGCUGCCAGAGUCAACCGGACCGAGGCUGGAUGCAAGUACGUGGAGGAGCCGUGGGCCGUUCAGUCACUGCUUUCGCAGGAGAAAGUUCAACGCUCAGGAUGGCGACGAAGGCAGAGAGAUGCCCACACGAGCUCUGUUCUCUGAAAGCUCCGCUUUUUUCAGAGGCAAGAAAAACGCAACCUUAAAGGCUGAGCUGAAGAACGUCACCGCAGUUCUAAGUGACACAAGUCUCAAAGCGAGGCUGGCCCACAUAAAUGCAAUGAAGGGAAAAACCUACAGCCUUCAAACAGGGUUUGCACUCGCACAGAAAGAUGCCUUAGAGAUGAUCGGCGUGCUGCGCUGCAGUGUCGGUCGCACAGCCAGGGGCGACGCGCUGGAGGCCAACGAGGCUGACAUUGAAUCGUUCUCUCAGCUGCUCUUCAUGCAGGCCAAAGUGUUGAGCGGGGCCUGUAGCCAAAUGGCCGUGGAGUACGGCAGCCCGGAGGAGCUGCUCCUCACCCUGACACACAGCUUCCACACACUUUGUUGCCUGACGCAGGCCUGCAUGUCUCUGGUGGAGGGUCUGAGCACCGAGAAGGAGCGGCGCGAGGUGGUGGCCAAGGUGGACGAGGUGGUCAUGAACUACGUGCGUCUGCUGAAAGCCGCGGAAGCGGCUUCGGGGGCGUCUCCCAGUGACCAAAGUGUGAAUGCGUUGACACAUUACUCUGCCACCAUGUCUGCUAAUAUAAACACACUAACUCACUCACUGAAAACACUGCUCAACAAGAAAACUGUUAUUUUGUCCUAAUUAUUGAUUUCAAAGCCAUACAUACAAGACAUGGGUUUAACAACCGAUGUGAACUGCUGUGAAAAAAAAUAUAAAUUUUGCCUUGUGUAUACAAUAUUUUAUUAUGUAAAGAAAAAAAUUAAUUAUAUGAAUAAUUAAAGUUUUAAAUAGAUUAUAUUAAGGCAUCUAUAAAAAAAUUAUAUGACCCUCUUCUUAAGUAUAUUAUUCAAUAUUAUAUAAUAAAUUAUAUAAUAAGGAAUAUUUUAGUGAUUUGUUGGUUAUGUUAGGAGUUUCACAUGUAGAUUGUCACAACCUUAUUAGUACCUUGUUUAUAAUUUGUAAAAAAAAAAAAAAACAUAUGUUGAAUAAAUCAUGCACAGCUCUUGACAAAUCACAGCAAAGGUUAAGACUAAGGGAAAAAUAUCAAGUAAUGCAUUCAGAUCUUUCAUUUGCUGGAGUCACUUAAAUUUAUUGAAUCCUUUACACAUGAACACUGAGUAUUUUCCUCUUAUUUUUGUCAACACCAUUAAAUAAAUUAAAACUUUUAAAGUUUCUGAUGUAAUUUUCUUGUCU